AUGUGCAUCUUCCAGAUCAAAGAUUUCUACUUUUGCGGUUGCCGCAGAACUUUACUCGAUGCUGACGACGCCAUAUUCAUGAUCAAAGGCUAUUUCAGCAUAGAGAUAGUGUGCACUAGAUACACCUUCUACCCAUGUAACCUGAUCCAGAUCAACGGGGCCCCGUGUGUAGAGUGGACAGGAGAUGAACGGGAGUAUCGUAAGAAACUAGAGAAGCGUUAUAACACCAUCAUUCUUGUUUCUUUGGACGAUUGUAACCUGGAUCCCAAUGACCCUAGGGGCUGUAAACUAAGGAGACAUCGAAGAGAAACUGGCCGAUUCAGCGAGCCAAUUGUACCAGAGGUUCCACGCAGGGUAAAGCCAGGGGGCGAACAGGAGUUUGAGGAGAUUAUCUUGUCCAGGGAGAGGAAUAGGCAUCUUCUCAGUAGUGUCAACCUCUUUGGCGCAGGCGAAUGUUAA